CUCUACUACGGUGGUUACAACAACUACGGCAAUUCGCUAGCAUCCGGUGGAGCAGGGGGAGGAGGAGGAGGCGUUGGAGGGGCUCCUCCCGCGGUCGAUCUGUUGCAUGCAGCGGGCUACUCUGCCACACCGUUCGGCCCUUCGGGUGCCCCAAACUGUUCUGCUUCAUCCACCUGCUCCUCCAUCUCUUCCUCGUCCGCUUCCUCCUCUGCCAUUACGGGCGCAGCUAUGAGUACAGCCAAUGUAGCCGGCUCAACCUCGACAUCAUCAUCAACAACAGCAUCAGCAACCGCAGCAGCGGCAGCAUCCGUUAUGGCAGCAGCGGCAGCCGCUGCGGCCGCGGCUGCUGCUGCAGCCUUUUCGAACCACCCCAUCACCGCUACCGCCUCUACUAGCAACUCCAGCUCAUCCUUUUCGAUGGGCACCGGAAUAGGUACCAGUACCAUUGGUGUUGGUAACGAGUUUAUAAGCGACACGAUGAUGACACUCGGUAGCGCCGAUACCGCCGGUUACAACAUGAUGGUGGUUCAAGAUCACAUGUAAAUAUGGCAAACAUCACAGAAAACCUUCACUCAAACGGGCUAUGCCGCUGCGACACAACCAUCUCUUCGUUUAGUCUUUGCUUAGCAUCUUUUAAAAGAGGACAAAAGUUCGUCCCUACCCUGUCCAACUCUUGUUUUAGGAAAUGAUUUAGUAAAUGCGACAACACCACGGGAAGAAUAGUAUCGUUUUAAUGUGCUUUUAAUUUAUUCCAGAGUUUCACGAUUAGUUUUUUCCCACCACACGCGCGAUUUGUUUCACAAACGAUUAUUCGUCCAUCACGGACACACAAUUGGUUUCUAGUUUCGUGCCGACCACCGGUACACCGGUACUGACUCAGGAGAUGAAUUGAGAUUGAUUUGAUGAAGAGAAUGACGAAAUCGAAAAAAAAAAGUUGGUUAUGAGUUGUCGGUAGAGAAGAGAAGAUUUUUAGAUAAUUUUAUGAGAAUAACAAAAACCACAAACACAAAAUCGAACAACAUGCAGAGUGAGAGAACGAAGAAAACGAAACGGUCGAAAAGUGGUGGGGAAAAAGUGGUUUAUCUGUGCAACUAUAAUGCCAGCAUAUCAUGCCAGCGCACGGCGAGCACUCGGUUAGGCGCUAGUAAAAAGUGCAACGGUUCGCAAAGACGUAGAACGGCGGAAGGCAGAUCGCCGCGAGAGAAGAAGCUCUAAAUAUAAUUUAAAUAAUCUUUUGAACAGUAAUUUAAAAUAGGUCGCUAAGUAAGAUUAACAAAAGGAAGAGCUGGAAAGGGCAACAGAAAGAGAAAGAAAGAGAGAGAGAGAGAUAGAGAAAGAGCGAUGGUUAAAUGAAAUGGUCUGGCGAAAGCGAAUCAGCAUUAGCACAGGAGCAGUGGUAGCCGGAUUGUAAAUAGACAACGAGCCACGCCAAGGGAAACCCGGACGCGUUCGUUUUAGAUUCCUAUACCCGCCCAGCUCACCAGCCGCACCAACCCUAUUUAUUCGUUGUUUGGCUUCGAUGUGAAGCAUCAAAUGCUCCGGCUUCCAGAAUUGCUGCUGAAUAUGCUGAUCUGAUCGUCGCACACGUGGUGGCAUCAGAAUCGAAAAGGGAAACGGGAGAAUAGUAAAUAACUUGGAGAACAUUUUCUUCCGCAAAACUUCCGCCACAAACAGAAACACUUGUGCACAUCACAAACCUCCUUCACUUUGUUGUAUCCCUUCUUCUUCCUCUCAAAGAGAGUCACAGUCUUCGGAUUGGUUAUACUCCAAAGAUUCAGUUAGCCAAACUACUUCCAUUCAGCCCCCAGGAAUAGGUUCAUAUAUCAUAUGUUUUAUAGAUCGCGUCCACAACAUCCAACUCUAGAUUCAAUCGCAACUCCUUUUCGCAUUUUCAGCACACAGAACACUCACACACACUAUACAUAUGAUGCACCGAGAUACAAUUUCGUCCAAAAUGUCCAACGGGUAGAGGGUGUGGCGUUGUGUGCCCAAGGAUGGAGCAAUUUUUCAAACAACAAAAAAAGGCAAAACUCACACACAAAAAUGUAUCGCAAAACGUUUGCUUUUAUGCGCUAGGCAUUUGUAAAAUACGCGAAGGCUUUUUUAAAAAAGAAACAACUCUUGAAACACAAAGCAACAAAAAAAAGAAAGAAAACGGAACAUUCAACCAAAUGAUGGUGAUGCCACAACAGGAUCGUUACACAAUCAAUAUGCGCAACGUGGAUGGACACAGCACGCCACAGUUGCCGCAUUACCCACAGAAGAGCAACCCAGCAUUCGAGUGUUCUGCUCCUUUCUCCGACCGAGCAAGGCGCGUGUUUGCCUUUGCCUCGGUUUUCUGUUUUGUAUAAAAAUCUAAAGUAUUUGCAGUGAAAAUGCACAGAAAGUGGGAGUUAGGGGGCAGGAGGAAGCAAACAGCUUGCCUUAGCCUGGGCGGUGGCCCCAACCCAAUGCGGGUUCGCGUGGGUAAAGUAGUAUAAAGCGUUGAGGGAAUGGCGGCGCGGGUAUAUGAAACCGCACAAACGGUGGAGUGCGGAGAGGCGUGCAUAUAAAUAUAUAAAUAUAUGAGAAAUUCUAUACAUAAAAAGGUAGAUAUAAACAUAUGAGGAAGCAGCAGAGAAGACGCUCGGCGAGUGCCGCUCAGAUGAUCAGAUGAUCCGCACGCACUUUCGCGCCACAGAGAUGAUAAAAAAGUGAAUUCGGUUUUUUGUUUUUCGUUUUAAGUAAACUAAUAUGAUCCUACCGCCGUAACUGAUCAAGAGUGCUGCGGCGUAGGGGAAAAAGGUGAAAAAUGCUUGCUAUGAACGAAACGAAUGGGGGAAACGGGAAGGAAGCGAGUGCAACGAAGAGCAGAAAGAUCCGAAACCCACAUGGGCAACGGAGGAGUUGCACGAUUGCAAGCAUCAACUGGUUGCGAUAGACUAGGCGAUAGAGAGAGAGAGAGAAAAAGAGGCAGAGCGAAACUACUAAUUGAAGAAAGGAAAAUCAAGUUUAAUAUAAUAAAAA